AUGGUCGCCAUGGCAUUGCUGGAGAUGGCAUCCCGCGUGUUGCUCGUGGCGGGGAUGGGUGCGCUCCUUCCGAACCUCAAGGGAGGCAGCCUGACCAAGCCCCUCUUUGACUCGCAGGCGUGCCAUGAUGCCAUUGCCUCCGGCGCCAGCUGCCAGGUGUGUGAAACCAAGUUCAAGCACUGCAAGGGCCACUAUGUCUACGAGCCUUUCACCGUGGUGCUCUUUGAAGCAAUGGUCACGGUGGGCCUCGGCGUUCUUGCCACGAUAGUCUUAAUGCCGAAUCGGCAGGCAGUCAAGCAGCUGCUAGAUUGGCGCUCCAUCAAGAUCGUCUUGCCUGUUGGGGCAACCUAUGCCAUCGGCGACUUGAUGGACUUGGCAGCGGCGCGCAAUGUCUCGGGCACGACGCUGUUGGUAGCUGCGCAGUUGAGGCUGCCACUUUGCGCCUUGCUUAGAUGCUUGCUGCUGAACCGCGGGCAAACUUGGAUGCAAUGGCAGCUGCUCUUCAUCAUCACGCUGCUGUGCGUGGGCCACGUGGUCCAAGACCUGGGGGACACCAUGACUGCCGGAGUUGACAGGUCUUGGAUCGCAGCCUCUCCACAAGGGAUCCUCGUCGCUUUGCCACUUGUGCUGGGCAAGUGCCUCAUCAGCUGCUGUGGUGCAGUGCAUGCCGAGUAUUUCUUGCAGCACAAGGAGACGAAGCAAGUGCCCCUGUGGAUCACACAGGCGCAUUUCAAGACGGCGACGAUCAUGGGAGCCUUGGUCGUGGCGCUCCUCCUGGGCAACGUGAGCGAGCGCAUCUUUGCGGACGAGUGGCACAACGAUCUCUUCGCGCACUUUCCCAACGAUGUGAAGGCAGGAGAUGCCCGCAUGCCUUUCUUUGGUGGCUGGGACAGCAACACCUGGGUCCUUGCGGCCUGCCUCAUCCUCAACAACUUCCUUGUGGCUGACCAGAUGAAGAACCUCACCUCCAUUGCCAAGUAUGUGGCCUAUGCCAUCGGCUUGGUGCUUAGCUACCUCGCGCAGCUUUGGGAAGGCCGUGACUUUUGCCCUUGGCAGGCGUGCUCUUAUGCUGGCCUCGCGCUUGCCGCUGUGGCCUACAUUGCCCUGCCUGGACCCGGGGACUUCCGCCCGGGAGGAAAGAGCUGA